UACCUACUUCCACCAUCGAGUCCGCAUGGGAUACACAACUAGUUUUUAAUUAUAAUUUAGUUGAAGAAUCGAAAAAAUUUAACUGCUCUUAGCGUAGCUACCGAGGCAUCGGAUAGCAGCGGGAUAAUCAAUCGUGAUAUUUUUUAAUCAGUGUCAAUACAGCUGAGAGCGAGGCUAAGGCUGGCGGGAGGGAGUAGCCCGAGCACAAGGGUUCACACACCACCACCACGUCGCCUUCUCCUGCGAGUCCAGCUCAGCUCACACGGUGGCUAACACCAAAUACCCGUGGUACCUCACACCAUUUAAUCUCUAUGAGUUAAGCAUGAAGAGUAGCGAAAAGCGUAAGGUGAGCCCUGACAAAGGGGACGGGGGAGGGACCAGAAAAGACGCCGACAUGGACCUUCCCCCCAUGCCCAAGAGACCGUCUCUUGUAUCUAUCGACAGCGAAGAUGAAAACAAAAUGGUUGAGGUUAAGACGGGUAUAUGCGGCCUCGACCCCACUACUGGGAAAGGGAAGCAGAUCCACCUAAUCCAGAUGCUGCUUCUCCCUUUCGUCCCCAUCAUGGCGCUUAUCAUCCAGAACUCCAUCAACAUGGUCAGCAUCCUAGAAUACCAAAACGAUAUGCAGGAAACCAUUGACCAGGUACAGAUCAGCACAGGCUUGGGUAAUGUGACGGAGGCGCUGCAGUCUGAGCGAGCUGAAAUUGCCUUCUAUCUCUUUACCAACGGAUCAAUCAUUCGUCGAAAUCUUUCCGAGCAUUUUGCCUACACGAACUCCCUGAUCGAACACCUUAAGUGGCCAGCUUUUAGAAUAGAUGACCAACUAUUUCAGAACAAAAUAUUAUUUAGAAUCAGAUUAGAUGACUUCAGGGACAAGAUCACGAAAUUCGACACUCCAAAUAUUGAAGCAGGCAUCGCAUUUUACAACAGAGCAAAUUAUAUAUUUCUGGACCAGCUAACGCGAGAGAUAAAAGAGAAGGACGCCUCUGGGGUGUGGCGGCCGCUGCUGGCCUACAAGAACAUGAUCCGCGCCAUCGAGCACUUAGGCAUCUCCAUGGUGUUCGGUGAACAGUACUUUGGUAGAGGCGACCUCGACCAAAGCUCGUACAUCGCCUUCGUCACCAACGACGCUCUAGGACAAGAUUUCCUCAACGCUUCCCAGAACUUUGCCUUCUGGAUAGGAACACGGUACCAGGCGAUGCAGAAAGACUACCCGUGGUAUUCAAAUAUCACUCGUCGUCGUCUGGAAAUUCUUGGCAGGGAAAAGAUCCAACCAGAUUUUGAGAAAGCGACAGAAUAUUUUUACGCCAUGUUGGGCUACCUUGACUCUCUACAGAAAGUUCAGUACGAAAUCAGGAAGACCAUCGAACAGACGAUAGUGAGGGAGGUUCAGGCUUCUAACAGCCAUGUAGUGAUAGGCAUCGCCCUUCUAGCUGUCGUCCUCAUCAUAUCACCCGUCAUCAUUAUUCUUGUCCGGAUGAUCACAAGGACCCUUCAGGCCUUCUCGGAGACGCUUCUUCACAAGACUCACGAGCUGCGGUUUGAGAAGAAGCGGUCAGAUAAACUUCUGUACCAGAUGUUGCCGUCCAGCGUGGCCCAGCAGCUUCGCAUUCAUAAGACGGUGGCGGCUGAGACCUACUCUUCCAUUACCAUUUACUUCAGCGAUAUUGUGGGAUUUUCAGAGCUGGCUUACCAAAGCACACCGAUGCAGGUUAUCUCGCUGAUGAAUGUGCUCUACAAGAUGUUCGACUCCCGUAUUGACUGUUAUGACGUGUACAAGAUCGAGACUAUCGGGGACGCCUACAUGGUGGCGUCAGGCCUACACAUGAGGGAGGAAGGCAAGGACCACGCAGGAGAAAUAUCUGCCAUGGCCAUCGACCUCCUACAUGGCACUGAGAACUUCGUCAUCCCUCACAUGCCUGGGGAGCGUCUCAAGAUCCGCAUAGGCAUCCACACGGGACCUGCUGUGGCUGGCGUCAUUGGUACCAAGACUCCGCGAUAUUGUCUAUUUGGCGACUCUGUCAACCUAGCCGCCAAGAUCGAGUCUACCGGACUACCCUUCAAGAUCCACAUCUCACAAGACACCAAAGACUGUCUGGACCGUGUGGGCGGGUUUAUUGUCAAGCUCCGCGGAGAACUGGAAAUAAAGGGCCGAGGAGUGAUGGACACGUACUGGUUGACGGGGAAACACGGGGUACUGCCAGACCGCCGUAGAUACUCCAAUAAGGACGACGACCUGGAAUUCAUGGCAGACAACCCACACUCGGAGGCAGCCCGGCGUGGCAAAGACGGCCCCACCACACAUCAAACUUCCUUCUUCAGGAGGACCAUUAGUUUAUGCAAAGAUUUUCUUGGCUAAGAUGGUACUACAGUAGCGGAAUUAGGGAUCAUAUCUGUUGUGUGUAUUGGUGAUUUUGUCUUCACAGUUUAUAAUUCAAAGAUUUGGAUUUUAAGUUUAUCAAUGUUGCUGAGUUGUGAAACUGUGUCGAUUUGUAAGGUUUAAAGGCAUAGGUACGAGUUUAUUACCACGCAAUCCCAGGAGUAGAGGAAUGUGUGGAAUUAUUUCUAACCCAACAUACUAAGACACAACCUACUGCACUCUCUUUAACACCUCCCGCUGCUGCUGCUCCCUCUCAACCUCCUCCUUCACACUAACUUGACGUUUAUCUUCCUCACAUCACUGUAGAGUUAUCAUCUUCCUCCUCCUUUGUAUGUGUUUCCCUCACACAGUGUGGCUCACCACCUCUUCAGGUUAUAUUUACUGAAUGCAAUAUUGCACUAACAUAUCCUGGGAAUUUUCAUCACAGUGGCGGUGUAAACUCUUCACUCUCCCGACAGCUGUUUUCAGUCUGCAAUAAAUUAGGUAUAUUAUUCCAAGCGCGUGCGCAAAAAAAAAGGGGGGGGCUAAUGUUAAAA